AUGGCCACGUCCACCCUGUCCGUCUGCUCCAGCGACCGGAGCUACGGCAGCCGCGUCUGCCUGCCCGGCUCCUGUGACUCCUGCCCCGACUCCUGGCAGGUGGACGACUGCCCAGAGAGCUGCUGCGAGCCCCCCUGCUGUGCCCCCACCUGCUGUGCCCCCACCUGCUGUGACUCCAGCUGCUGUGCCCCCUCCUGCCUGACCCUCAUCUGCACCCCUGCGAGCUGCGGGUCCAGCCCCUGCCCGUCAGCCUGCACCAGCUCCUGCCAGCGCUCCCCCUGCCAGGAAGACUGCUGUGUGUCUGUCUGCUGCAAGCCCGUCUGCUGCACCCCUGUCUGCUGCACCCCUGUCUGCUGCAAGCCCGUCUGCUGCACCCCUGUCUGCUGCACCCCUGUCUGCUGCAAGCCCGUCUGCUGCACCCCUGUCUGCUGCAAGCCCGUCUGCUGCACCCCUGUCUGCUGCACCCCUGUCUGCUGCAAGCCCGUCUGCUGCACCCCUGUCUGCUGCACCCCUGUCUGCUGCAAGCCCGUCUGCUGCACCCCUGUCUGCUGCAAGCCCGUCUGCUGCACCCCUGUCUGCUCUGGGCCCUCCCCCUGCUCAGCCCCCUCCUGCUGCCAGCCCAGCCCCUGCUCCUCGUCCUGCUGCCGCCGGUCCUCCUGCGUGUCCCUGCUCUGCCGCCCCGUGUGCAGACCCGCCUGCUGCGUGCCUGCCUCCUCCUGCUGUGCCCCUGCCUCCUCCUGCCAGCCCAGCUGCUGCCGCCGGGCCUCCUGCGUGUCCCUGCUCUGCCGCCCUGUGGGCUCCCGCCAGGCCUGCUGCGUGCCCGCCUCGGCCCAGAAGUCCUGCUGCUGACGGGGCCCGUCUCCCGUGGGGCCAGCUGGGCUCAGGACCCACCCAGUGACAGUGGUCCUCCCAGCCCCCUCAGUCCGGUCCUGACCUGUUAGGUGGCUGCCCACACCCAGGACGGGGUCUUCCAUGCGUCCACUCUGCUGACAUGACCUUGACCUUAUAGCUCCCAAGAACGCUGACCCCGCUGCUCCCCAGGGCUCCUGCUCCCAGGAGGGGCCUCCACUACUUCUG